GCUUGACGCACAUACGCACUCACGUGCGCUACAAGGAGUACGCCGCCAGAGCCAAAAUGGCGGUCGCAAUACUCAUGGCAGCGGUAGGAGCCAGACUCAGUGUGGCAGCGAGCGGUUUCCGCGCCUCGGCACGCCGCUUGUACAGCCAGCCCGUCUCGAUUACCGAGCGCAUUGAUGAUAAGCGUCGGGCCGCGCUGCUGGGAGGAGGCCAGCAUCGCAUUGAGGCGCAGCACAAGCGAGGAAAGCUGACAGCUAGAGAGCGGAUCAGCCUCCUGUUGGACCCUGGCACUUUUGUGGAGAGCGACAUGUUUGUGGAACAUAGGUGUGCAGAUUUUGGAAUGGCUGCUGAUAAAAAUAAGUUUCCUGGAGACAGUGUGAUCACUGGACGGGGCCGAAUCAGCGGAAGAUUGGUUUAUGUCUUCAGUCAGGAUUUUACGGUUUUUGGAGGUAGUCUGUCUGGAGCACAUGCCCAGAAGAUCUGCAAAAUCAUGGACCAGGCCAUGACCGUGGGGGCUCCAGUUAUUGGACUGAAUGACUCUGGAGGAGCUCGGAUCCAAGAAGGAGUUGAGUCCUUGGCUGGCUAUGCAGACAUCUUUCUGAGGAAUGUCACAGCAUCUGGAGUCAUCCCUCAGAUCUCUCUGAUCAUGGGCCCGUGUGCUGGUGGUGCUGUCUACUCACCAGCCCUAACAGACUUCACGUUCAUGGUCAAGGACACCUCCUACCUGUUUGUAACAGGCCCCGAUGUUGUGAAGUCUGUCACCAAUGAGAACGUUACCCAGGAGGAACUUGGUGGUGCUCGGACCCACACAACCAUGUCAGGUGUGGCCCACAGAGCCUUUGAAAAUGACAUCGAUGCCUUGUGCAAUCUUCGGUCCUUCUUCAACUACCUGCCCCUCAGCAGCCAGGACUUGGCGCCUGUCGUUGAAUGCCAUGAUCCCAGUGACCGUCUGGUUCCUGAGCUCGACACGAUUGUCCCUUUGGAAUCCACCAAAGCCUAUGACAUGACGGACAUCAUACACUCUAUUGUUGAUGAGCGAGAGUUCUUUGAGAUCAUGCCCAGUUACGCCAAGAACAUCGUUGUCGGCUUUGCCAGGAUGAAUGGUAGGACUGUCGGUAUUGUGGGCAACCAGCCCAAGGUGGCUUCAGGCUGUUUGGACAUUAACUCCUCUGUGAAAGCAGCUCGUUUUGUGCGGUUCUGUGACGCGUUCAACAUCCCCCUCAUCACUUUUGUUGAUGUCCCUGGCUUCCUGCCUGGCACGGCACAGGAGUACGGGGGCAUCAUCCGCCAUGGCGCCAAGCUCCUCUACGCAUUUGCUGAGGCCACGGUGCCCAAGAUCACCAUCAUCACCAGGAAGGCCUAUGGAGGUGCCUAUGACGUCAUGAGUUCCAAGCAUCUGUGUGCUGACAGCAACUACGCCUGGCCUACUGCCGAGAUCGCAGUCAUGGGGGCCAAGGGUGCUGUGGAGAUCAUCUUCAAAGGGGGCAAGAACGUGGAAGCUGCUCAGGCUGAGUAUGUGGAGAAAUUCGCCAACCCUUUUCCCGCAGCUGUGAGAGGGUUUGUGGACGACAUCAUCCAGCCUUCCUCCACCCGCGCCCGAAUCUGCUCUGACCUGGAUGUCUUGGCCAGCAAGAAGGUUCAACGUCCUUGGAGGAAACAUGCAAAUAUCCCCCUGUAAACGAAUCACAGGAAAGGAAACCAAGAACUGAUCUCCGCCAGGCUGUUCGUGUGGCAGGCAAGAAUUCUACCACUGAACCACCAAUGCUUCCGCCAGGCUGUUUGUACCCAUCUCUGCCUUUUGCAAACACAAGACCUGAGGAGCUCAAUGCCAGGAAUAGAUUUAGAGUGGCUAAGUUUUCAAUUCUAAAAAGAUCUCAUUUGUGCCUUACUGUCAAUUUAUUUGCAUUAUUAAAAAUCUUAACUGAU